GGCCCCGAUGAAUCAGAGGACGAGCUCAACGAGCAUAUCCUAUCACAAAAAAGAUUGGAAUCGACUGAUUUCGAUUACGAGAUGAAACAAGAAAAGCCGCCCCAGAAACCAGAUAUUGAAACAGUGAGCGACCCCGAUCAAAAGAAUUGGUCGAUUGACCAAGGAAGACCAAACUUGGAAGAUAUUGUUUUCGGUGAUUUGGUAUUGGCGUGUGGCACGCAAAAGCUGAUUGAGAGUGCUCGCGAUGUUGCUGAUAAGAAGGGGGCGGCUUUCCACAAGGAACGGUUCAUUUUCUGA